UAAGUACAAUAGUACGUUUUCACUGCUAUUCGUAUUCUGUCGACCUGUGAUGGCAACUGCGAACUUGCUGAACCCUGACAAGUCGCCGUGACUUCUUUUAAGACGUAUGAUUCGCUGUAUUGACGCAUUUUAUUUCCAGCUGAACUCUCAUUUGUCCACACUGGCCAGUAUCCACAAGAUCUACCACACCCUGCACAGGCUGAACCUGACAGAAGACGUCGGCCCAGAGACUCACGGCACAGCCUGCUGCUCCAGAGCCAUGCCCCCCAGGAAAAAGAGGAGACCCACUGCUGGGGAUGAUCUGUCUGCUAAGAAGAGCCGGCAGGAUAAUGUUUACAGAAAACAGGAGACAUUACAAAUCCAGGAGGCUGAAGCUUUUUCUAGCAAGAGAUGUCUAGAGUGGUUUUAUGAAUAUGCAGGGUGUGAUGAUGUGGUUGGACCAGAAGGGAUGGAGAAAUUCUGUGAAGACAUUGGAGUGGAGCCAGAGAAUGUGGUGAUGCUGGUCUUGGCCUGGAAGCUUGAUGCCCAGAGUAUGGGUUACUUCACUUUACAGGAGUGGCUCAAGGGAAUGGGUUCUUUGCAAUGUGACUCUACUGAAAAACUCAGGAACUCUCUAGACUACCUGAGGUCCGUCCUCAACGAUGCCACCAGUUUCAAGCUCAUUUACCGAUAUGCCUUUGACUUUGCCAGGGAGAAGGAUCAGAGGAGUUUAGACUUGAAUACUGCCAAGUGUAUGCUGGGACUUCUGCUUGGGAAGACUUGGCCAUUGUUUCCAGUGUUUAACCAGUUUCUAGAACAAUCUAAGUAUAAGGUUAUAAAUAAAGAUCAAUGGUGCAAUGUUCUAGAAUUCAGUAGGACUAUCAACCUUGAUCUCAGUAACUAUGAUGAGGACGGGGCCUGUGAGUACAAGCACCCACACUUUAACACGGCCAGUGCUGUUGGACGAGUUUGUCGAAUGGUAUAAAGAUCGAGAGAUGUCGUAGCGACAGCUUCCCCAUGCCUACCACCAUCACCAACUAGAAACUAAUCGCCAACAAUCACCAUGACAAUGACGACAGAAACGGCUUUGAAACAAACAUCUAGAAAACAAAGUACAAAUCAAAUCUGAAGAGUUUGGGACGGACUGAUGGUGGCCUCCGGCUGUGAGGGCUUGAGUGUGUGACUGUUUGCAUAGAAUGUAAUAUCAAUGCACAUGUUUGUAUGUCGCCCUUUUAGUCGGGGCCAUAGGAGGUGUCACUGGUGGUUGUGUGUUGGAGAAACAGCACCUCACCGACUCCACCUAAUACCCCCCCAUAGCCCACGAUGCAUUGUGGGUAAGCACACGGCCAGCCUCGGAGCCGCCUUCCCACCCCACUGUGAUGUUUCAUAUUGCUGUGAAUGUGAAUGAAUAGGCUCUUAAAAGGAGAGUGAAUUUCUCCACAAGGCAGGGUAGGUAAAAACUCCCAUACAGUCUGAAGAUUUAAGACAUUUAGGCAAUUUAGCCCUGGAAGGGCUGAGAAAAGAACGAACAAGCACCUGCUUGGCUUUUUACUGAAGUUUGGUGACUAAACACUAAGAAUUUUUGGUUCAAAAUGGAAAUAGCUUACAGUAUCACUCUGCUGAUGUGGUCCAAACACUGUUUACUAAGGUUUUUAUGUUGGAGGAGGAUGACAUUCAGAGCAUAUUACCAUAGUUACAUAGCGACCUAUGCCGUAAGUUUUAUUUUUACCCGUCUCACUGCACUUGGUUGCCAUUUAAUAAAGCACACCACAAGCAAGAGUGUCAUAGACAUUCUGCUGUAAGUACUUCCAGUGGUAUCAGUAUACCUUUCACCACUUCAUUUUUGAUAUUGAUUAUGAGAUCAACUUGAAUAGCUUUACUGUUUGCAAAAUGAGGAACAGAUGCUAUACUUAUCAUGAACAUAGAGCCCAGUAUCUUUUUCCUGACUCGCAUGUCCAUUGUGCAUACACACUGGCAAUGGCAGAUAUGGCCGUCUUGUAGAGAAGUGUGAGCAGGUUAGAUUGACUGCAGAAUGCAUUAAUUAUAUCACUGGAUUCCUUAGAAAUGUAACUAAACUGUGCAUGUCAUUAAAAUGACAAGACAUGAAUCCAAGUGAUGGAAAAGAUGCGGGACAGAAGAAAGCUGUUAAAGUGCACUUUUGAUUUCUGUGAUGAAUUGCCACAAAAAUAUUAAAACAGGUAUUCUGCCCUAAACACUGACUCGCAUUUGGCCACAUCUUCAUCCACAGAUCUUGUGGUCAAAUAUGAUCAAUUUAACUCAUAGUGACCAAUGCCUAGCAACUAUUUAACGUUCUAGUUAUGUUUGUAAAACUGUUGAGUUUUGUCUAUGGCUGUGGCGUGAAGCUAACUUGUCAUUUGAACAAGAACAAAAGCAUGCAUGCAUUCUGCAGUUAGAGCUGUCUUUGUGAAUGAAUGAGGUUUUUCCUUUUUCUGACUUUUUUUUUGCUCUUGUUUUCUUUUUUUUGUACAGGUAUUUGUAGAAGUGGACUUUUUGUGCUUAAUUUGGGUGUCCGCGGUCAUGCAGUCUUAACGCUUUAUGAAAAACAUGAUUGUGUGAUGGUAUUUAGAGCUUAAACACACUUGUAACCUCAUCUGAUGAGAUGUUCUUCUCUGCAUUGCCUCCUCCACCAUCUCCACCAAAAGCUAAACUACCACGUUCAUGAGUGACUGCAGCAUUUUUAGUAUAUCUGCAGCGUCAUGAAAAUGUACUAAAUUUGUUGAAUGGAAUUAGAGUACAGAGACAAAAUCAUUAUUAACUUUAUCAAAGCAUAUUUGGGGUAACAAAAGUUUUUUUUUCCUGGUUACAAGAUAUUUUUGUUCUGUUCAGAUUUUUUUUUCUCUGAAAGAUGUAGGUUGCUAACCAUAAAUUAUUGAUCAAGUAUCUAAAAAUCCAACAGUCUAUGUAUGCUGUGCAUGCUGGGGGGACUGGGGGUUGUGUGAGGGUGAGGGAGUAUGUAAUGCAGAGGGUUGAGCAUUCUCAUCGGACUGUAUAUAUGUAUGGAUGUGUGUAUAAGUGUUUUGUUUUCACUGUAACCUCUCUACAUUCAAUAUAUAUAAAGGGGUUUAUUAACUAA